UUAUACUCACAAAGUACUAUUUGUGUUUAGAUACUGUAUAGGUAUCGCAUUUGGUUUUUAAAAGGUUUAGAUUGUGAAACUGAUAAACAUGACCCAGGACUUCAGCAAACUGCCGAAGAUACGCGAUGCCGAGAAAGAGAGCAUGUUAGGCACAGUUUUUGGUGUCUCUGGACCUGUUGUCACUGCUCAGCAUAUGUCCGGUGCCGCCAUGUACGAGCUUGUACGUGUUGGUCACUCUGAACUUGUGGGAGAAAUUAUUCGUUUGGAUGGAGACAGGGCAACCAUUCAAGUCUAUGAAGAAACUUCUGGUGUAAUUGUCGGCGAUCCAGUAUUACGAACAGGAAAACCCCUUUCUGUUGAAUUGGGGCCUGGAAUUUUAAAUAAUAUCUAUGAUGGUAUUCAACGUCCUUUAAAAGAUAUUCAACAGAUGACCAAAUCUAUUUACAUUCCCCGUGGUAUAAAUACAUAUGCACUUGGUAGGGAAAGUCAGUGGGAGUUUGUCCCACUUAAAAGUUUCCAGGUUGGAAGUCACAUAACAGGGGGAGAUGUUUAUGGUUUGGUGCAAGAGAACACUCUUAUACAACAUAGGUUGAUGUUACCACCUAAAGCUCAUGGUAGAAUUACCUAUGUUGCUGAACCAGGCAAUUAUAACGUGAAUGACACAAUAUUGGAAGUUGACUUUGAUGGUGAAGUAAAGAAAUAUUCCAUGUUGCAAGUGUGGCCGGUACGUCAACCUCGUCCCUGCAUCGAGAAGCUUCCAUCAAAUCAUCCUCUAUUGACUGGCCAACGUGUAUUGGAUGCCCUGUUUCCAGCUGUUCAAGGUGGAACAACAGCCAUACCUGGUGCCUUCGGUUGUGGCAAGACUGUCAUAUCUCAAUCCUUGUCAAAGUUUUCCAACAGUGAUGUGAUUGUAUAUGUUGGGUGUGGAGAGCGUGGAAAUGAGAUGUCAGAAGUAUUGCGUGAUUUCCCAGAGUUAACAGUUGAGUUGAACGGCAAGACUGAAUCCAUCAUGAAGCGAACUACAUUGGUAGCCAACACAUCCAACAUGCCUGUGGCUGCUAGAGAAGCUUCCAUCUAUACAGGAAUUACAUUAUCUGAAUACUUCCGAGACAUGGGUUAUAAUGUUUCUAUGAUGGCUGAUUCAACAUCAAGAUGGGCUGAAGCUUUACGUGAAAUUUCUGGUCGACUUGCAGAGAUGCCGGCUGACUCUGGUUACCCUGCAUACCUUGGUGCUCGCCUUGCUUCGUUCUAUGAGAGAGCUGGUCGUGUUACUUGCCUUGGAAGUCCACUGAGGGAAGGGAGUGUUUCACUUGUUGGAGCUGUAUCGCCCCCUGGUGGUGACUUCUCCGACCCUGUGACAUCAGCCACUCUUGGUAUCGUCCAAGUUUUCUGGGGUUUGGAUAAAAAGCUGGCUCAAAGGAAGCAUUUCCCAUCUGUCAACUGGCUUAUCAGUUAUUCCAAUUAUACAAGAUCGCUCGACGAGUUCUAUGAGAAGAACUUCCCAGAUUUUGUUCCUCUUCGAACCAAAGUAAAGGAGAUCCUCCAGGAGGAGGAAGAAUUAUCUGAGAUUGUGCAACUUGUGGGAAAGAGUUCUUUGGCUGAAACUGACAAAAUUACUCUUGAAGUCGCAAAACUGAUUAAAGAUGAUUUUCUGCAACAGAAUGGAUUUUCUGCUUAUGACAGGUACUGCCCGUUCUACAAGACAGUAGGCAUGGUGCGUAACAUGAUCGGGUUCUACGACAUGGCUAAGAGCUCCGUGGAGUCGACGGCUCAAUCCGAUAACAAGGUCACGUGGUCUGUGAUCCGAGAGAGCCUCGGUGACGUCAUGUACCGUUUAUCAUCAAUGAAAUUCAAGGAUCCUGUGAAAGACGGCGAAGCAAAUAUUAAGAAGGACUAUGAGCAACUGUACGAUGACAUGCAGACUGCUUUCAGAGGAUUGGAAGAGUGAACAUAGUGUAUGAAGCGUUUUUCAACAAGAUUACAGCGUUUUUUAACAUUCGAUUUAACCUGCGAUUCCAGCAAAAUACAAAUUCAAAUCUUCUAUUCCAGACAAAGAUAUCUCCAAAUCAACUUCGUGCAAUAAACUUCAUGAUCACAAGAUACUUGCAAGGAACUUAUGAUCGCUUUGGAUUCUUUGUAUUUCAUCAUCGCAGAUAUUUAUGUCACUAAUUAUAUUUCGUCUAGUUGCAAAUUAAAAAUGGUACCACGAAUUUACUCGAACGUUACUUGAAUAAUUCUCCGUCUUUUGCUCCCUUAAAUUAAUUAGAAUAUUUGUGGACUUUUAGUCUGUAAUGAACUGUUACUAGUGGCGAGUGUUUUUUUGUACCGUGUCAUAUUAUGUGGAGAGUCGAAAUAUAGACGAUCAACUAAA